CCGACGGGUCUGGAGGGUUUUGCAGAGAGAUGGACUCCAGCAGCGCGCCUCUCCAGCCACCGCCGUCGGGGCUGGUCGCGUCGUCGUCCGCAGCGCCCCCUUCGCCUGUUGUCUCUCUGCCCUCGGGGGUCCCCAUGCCGCCCACCUUCCUCCGGCCGCCUAGCCUCCUUUUGCGCGCUGCGGUCGCUGCAGCCGCCGCCGCCAGGACGAGCGGCGCCCCCGGCUGCUGCUCGCCUGCUGGGCUAGAGCGCGGAGCUUGCUACCCGCGCACGCCCAAGUGCGCGCGCUGCCGCAACCACGGCGUGGUGUCCGCGCUGAAGGGCCACAAGCGCUUCUGCCGCUGGCGGGACUGUGCGUGCGCCAAGUGCGCUCUUAUCGCCGAGCGCCAGCGGGUGAUGGCCGCGCAGGUGGCUCUGCGCAGGCAGCAGGCGCAGGAGGAGAGCGAGGCGCGGGGAGGCCCGAAUGAAGAGGCCGCGCAGAGGCAGGCCGGUGCGGGAGGGGAGCCCGUCUUCAAGAGUGGCUGCCCGGAGUUCCAGCGCGGGAGAAGAGAGGAGAAGUUUCAGAAUUAUGACUUUUUCUGCAGCAAGCCAGACAGUUCUGUAGCUUAUUCACAUUCAUCUUCUCUGGUGUCCUUAGCUGAAGUUACUGGAGCUGAUGGAGGCCAAACAACGAAGCCUUCUGGCAUACAGAUCUCAGGUAAAGAGAAAACUGAUCAUCCUUCUGGUCCCGAGGAGCUGUUAGAAGGUGCUGAUGGUUCAGCAUCUCUGUCUUCUUCCGACAUGGAAUCUGGAAAUGAAAGUGAAUGUCCCAAGGACUUUGUAAUCUCCAGUAUUCACUUUCCUGCUCCUCCUCCUGCUGGGGCUUCAAGACGCAGAAACCCACUUGAUAUUCUUACCAAGGUCUUUCCAGGUCAUAAACAAAACAGAUUAGAAAAGAUUCUACAUUUUUGCAAAGGAGAUAUAGUGCAGGCUAUAGAACAUGUACUGAAUGUGGAUGAGUGCAGGCAAGAACUCCAAGACAUUGCAAUCCCAUCCUUGCCAAAACACAAUGUCUUCCAGCGGCCUGAUUUUAGUCUCUUAGGAGUAGAUGUCAGAGCACUUGGAAAUAAAUCAGCAUUUUCUCCUCUACAAAAUGGUCCAGCUACCUUUGCAAGUGAAGUGAAUCUUUAUGGGUUAAAUCCUAGAUUGGGGAUUAGACCUCUGAGGGUGGCUUAUUCCCCUCCAGGAGGAGCGUUGCCUGGAUUUAUGUCACCCUACUUAAGAACUGGGCUGUUUCCUGCUUUGCCUUUUCAUGCAACUGUGGACUAUCCAUUUUCAGGAGUCAUCAAAGAUGCAUCUUAUUUCUCCAGUAAAGACUCAGUGACCAGAACUGAAAUAUAUUCAAGAUUAAGUGAAGAACGCAAAUAGUGUCUUGACAAAUGUGAUAUACUUGUGAUAUAGUCAGAUGGGUUGAUGUGAAUGUCAGAACCCAGAUCUCAGAGGUAGCGGUCAUUAAUGAAGAGCUGAUAAAAAGUUUCUAAUCUUUAAAAAAAAUUAAUGGGAUUUUAUAUUUUUGACAGAAAACAAUUUGUAAUCUGAGAAAAGUAAAUUAAUGUGUUUUUUUUAAAAAAAUUGCUUCCAGAAUAUCAGCGAUAAAUUGCUCAUUAAAACUAGCACUGAUUUUUGAAGAUGAGCUUCUGCAUAGAUUGUUCAAUUUUUAUAUGUUCUGGAAAAAACUAAAGUGGCAGUGAACAAGUUGUAAAAAAUCUAAGUUGAAAUGUUUGUCUGGAAAGAUACAAUAAAUCACAGUUUUUGAA